GAGGCGGAGUUGGAGGAGGAGGCGCGUCGCGGCUUCGCUUACGGGCCCCGCCCGCGCUUCCCCAGGCGCGGAGCGUUCUAAGCACAACUUCCGCGAGAAGUAUGCGCGUGAGAGGAGAGCGCGGCGGCUGCGACUCCUCCGACCAUGCAAUGGCGGUCGUUGGUGUUGGCGCUGCUGGCCCUGAGACUGGCCGGGCAGGCCCUCCUGUGGCUGGCGGGGCCCAGCUUCGGCUUCUACCAGCAGCGCCUCCGCGCCUUUUCCUGCGGCAGCCCGGCCAAGGAAGGAGACUCCUCUGGCUCGCGGUGUCUCAAAGCCCCUCACUGGGCCUCUUUCUUGGGACGAGCAUGGGGAGGCGAUAGCGGCGGCGGCGAUAAGGGAGGCGGCGGCGGCGGCGGCCGGGGGAGCCCUGGCCCGGCCGCUGCUUCUUCCUCAUGGUCCCGCCGCAAUGGCGGCGGCGACGAGUAUGAGAAGCGCUACAACCGGGCUUUCUCCUCUGAUCUCCGGUCCCAGUUGCGCGACGCCGCCCGCAGCAUGUUCUCUUUCGGCUACGACAACUACAUGGCCUACGCUUUCCCUCAGGACGAGCUGAACCCCAUCCACUGCCAGGGCCGCGGGCCCGAUCGAGCCGACCCUUCAAAUCUGAAUAUCAACGAUGUCCUGGGAAACUACUCGCUUACUCUGAUUGAUGCAUUGGAUACCCUAGCAGUAAUGGGAAAUUCUUCAGAAUUUCGGAAAGCAGUGAAGCUUGUGAUAGACACAGUAACAUUUGACACAGAUUCAACUGUCCAAGUCUUUGAGGCAACAAUUAGGGUUUUGGGAAGUCUGCUUUCAGCCCACAUAAUAAUUACAGAUACAAGACAGCCUUUUGGUGAUAUGACUAUUAAGGGAUAUGAUGAUGAACUGUUGCAUAUGGCUCAUGACCUGGCAGUAAGGUUAUUACCUGCCUUUGAGAAUACCAAAACUGGAAUUCCUUAUCCAAGGGUGAACUUAAGGACAGGAGUUCCUUCUGGGAGCAAUAAUGAGACUUGCACUGCAGGGGCUGGAUCAUUACUGGUGGAAUUCGGAAUUCUUAGUCGGCUUCUUGGGGAUUCAACUUUUGAGUGGGUUGCCCGUCGAGCUGUAAAAGCCCUCUGGAACUUAAGGAGCAAUGACACUGGGUUACUAGGUAAUGUUGUGAAUAUUCAAACUGGCCAUUGGGUGGGAAAACAAAGUGGUUUAGGAGCAGGCUUAGAUUCAUUUUAUGAGUAUCUUUUGAAAUCAUACAUCCUCUUUGGAGAAAAAGAAGAUUUAGAGAUGUUCAAUGAUGUUUAUCGGAGUAUUCAGAACUACUUAAGGCGAGGGAGGGAAGCCUGCAAUGAAGGUGAAGGAGACCCACCUCUUUACGUUAAUGUUAAUAUGUUUAGCGGCCAGCUGAUGAACACCUGGAUUGAUUCUCUUCAAGCUUUUUUUCCUGGACUUCAGGUUUUAAUAGGUGAUGUAGAAGAUGCCAUUUGCCUUCAUGCAUUUUAUUAUGCAAUAUGGAAACGAUAUGGUGCUCUUCCAGAGAGAUAUAAUUGGCAGUUACAAGCACCUGAUGUUCUCUUUUAUCCUCUAAGGCCUGAAUUAGUAGAAUCUACAUAUCUCCUGUAUCAGGCCACAAAGAACCCUUUUUAUCUUCAUGUAGGAAUGGAUAUUCUUCAGAGUCUAGAGAAGUAUACUAAAGCAAAAUGUGGUUAUGCUACUCUUCACCAUGUUAUAGAGAAAUCCAAAGAAGAUCGGAUGGAAAGUUUUUUUCUCAGUGAAACAUGUAAAUAUUUGUUUUUGCUGUUUGAUGAAGAAAAUCCUGUGCACAAAUCAGGCAAUAAGUACAUGUUUACCACAGAAGGACACAUAGUAUCACUGGAUAAGCGCCUUCGUGUUUCAGUAGGGCAAAAUACCUCCCCUGAGGAGCAGAAGAACCCUGGAAAGAUAAAGCCGAAUGAACUAAAAGCAAAUAACUCCGUUUCUAAUUGUAACAGAGUACCAGACGAGAGAAGAUACCUGCUGCCUUUGAAGAGCAUUUAUAUGAGACAGAUAGAUCAGAUGGUGGGUUUGAUCUGAACAGCUGUGAAAUAAUGCUAAGAAGAUGCAAGACAACAUCUUAUUUGAAAAUUAUGAUCCUCUUGAACUACAAGGCUAACAGCAAAUGCAGGUGCUUAAGUAGUCCCUCAUUGUAAUGAGAGUUUGAUCUCAUAUUGAAAAGAGCAUUCCAUGUUAGAUUGCAGUUACUGUAACUGAAAUGGAGUAAAACAUGGCACAACACAAACUUAAGAUCUCAUGCAUCAAACUUCAGAGCUCAUAUUGCUGAUAGUUAAAGUUACUUUAGUGGCUUGCACCUAAAAUGCUGCCUUGCUAUCACUUAUUUGUCUUCCAAAAGAGAACAUUUGGAAAGAACUUGCAACUUAAAAUAUAUUUCUUUUAGAAAAAAGGUGGUCAGAGGAACAAAAGGGAAUGUGCAAUGACUUCCACCAAGUUGAAAGGUUUCACAAGCAAUAAAUAGUACUAAUUAUUGCUCAGGUAGGAAAAUGGCUAUAGGUUCUGGUUUACCUAAGAUAUCUUGCUAAAUAUAUCAUAAUUGAAGCACAGCUUGCAUACCAGCCAAGCUAUUGCAGGAUUAUGUUCAGGACUAACAUCAUAUUGGUUGAUGUUGCAAACAGUGUUCUUAAUUUGAAUUGCACAUCUAAGGGUGUAUGGAGUUUACUAGUUUCUGAAACCGGUAUUUUUCUUUUCUUUUUUUUUAAUGUGCCUUCUGGUAGAUAAAAAUGCAAAAAAAAAAAAAAAAAAGCAAAAGCCAUUCAGUUUUGUUCACUGAGUGGCCUUGCAUUGCUGAUUUGAAGAAUAUUGCUAUGUUUUUAUGUUUUGUAUUUAUUCUUUCAUGCCUUUCCUAAAAAUCAACCUGAAUUAAUAUAAAAUUGAAGUAUUCACAUUCCAUGCAGUCCUAAUAUGCAAGCUAUUGGAACUAGUGCCUUGUUACUUUGUGACUCAGAACAGAACCGAAGAGUUUAGCUCAGUCUUUCCUAAAGCAAUUUUAGAUUAAUUGUAUUCCAAAACUUAAUUAGCUUCAGAAAGAAUAUUUGUGAGUUGUAUAUUUUUCAGACUCAUUUUGAACUGAGUAUUUUACAUAAGAUUGUAACCUUUACUCUGGACAAGUAUUUUUAGUUUGGAGGACAUGGAGAGGAACCAAUUCUGUAAGAGGUUCCAACGUUUAAUUUCAACUUUAAUAAUUGUGACAAGAGUUUUCAUUUGUCUGAAGGUGAUUGUAUUGGUGAGUCAUUUUUAAGAAGGGCUGAAAGAACCAAAAUGUCUAUGGUCAAAGGCUUUAUGUAUUUUUGAGGAGUAAAAUAUCUCCUGUUCUCCAUCACCAUCCCCAAAUUAUUCUUAGUGGCUAGGAGAGUUUAAAAAAUAUCUACCUUCCUAUAAUUAUAGAACACAGCUUUAUCAUUCUUGAAGAUUAUCUCUCAGUAGACUGAAGCAUGAUUAUUAUUUCUCAUCAAAGGAUAAACUUGGCUUAAAUUCCUAAUCCAGAAGCAAGUUAACUUAGAUCACAACUUAAAUAUUUUACAACAUUUAAAUAUUCUUUUUAUUACGUAAUGCAAUCUUAUUAUUUAUAAAAUAUAUUUUGUGUUAUAAAUCACAUUUUAAAUUAAUCAGAUAACAUUGCAAAUAAUUAAGGCUUGCUAAAUCUCUUUGGCAAACAAUAAAUCUCAGGGAUCUCAAGGUAGGGUUCUGUUUGCCAAAUAGAUUUUGUUUCUCCCUAAAAGUUAUUUUCCUGUUUCACAAUUGUUCUUUUUUUUAAAAAAAAAAAGUAGGCAAAUCAGAAUCGACAGAGAACAAAAUUCUGUGAAAAACGAAGCAGUCGUUGUGACUGAGUCUAGAUCUAAAUUGUCUCCCUCCUUCCAAAACUAUCCCUAGAAUGUUUGACUUAAGUACUGAUUUAGAAGCCAAACAUUUUUGCUGGUAUGUCCAAAGUGUAUUAGGACAGUGUAGUCGGUAAAAAGUGAAGAGACCAUUAAUUAGUUAUUUAGUAUCAGCAGGUCUGCUAAUCCUAAACAACUGAAUAUUGUAACAAUAGCUGCAUUGGUAGGAGUAUCCAUCCUCAGAAGGUUAGGUUCCUUUAGAAUCAUGGCCUUUUAAAGUAGGAAAAUUCAAGCCAAUUUAGAGGCAUCUCAUUCUUUAUAUUAGCUUAGUAGAUUUCUCAGCUUUAUCAAAGUCAAUUCCAUCCCUGCUAUCUGCCUGCUUUUGACUCGAGCAGUUGAGCGUGUAGGAAAUAAGGUCUUAAUGCUUCCUUGGUUUGAGGAAUAGAUUUCAUGGACCAUAAUAAGCACUUGGUAUGAAGGGGGGAAAAUGCAAGCCAAAGCAAUUUAGUUUACUGCUGUAAUCAUGUUGUCAAGGCAUGUAACUUCUUGCAACGAAACUGCAUUAAUGUGUAUGAGGACUAAACCUCUUCUGUUCAGAUUGUUUUGCUACACCACUUUUCAAAGUUUGUGCCUACUAAAAUGUUAAGUAUCCAAAUUUGAAUUAUUUAUUUUUUAAAAAGUAAAGUAAUAAUUUGAGAUGUAGGGUUUUU